GUCCGCGCUGCGCUGACACUAAGCGUGAUUAGGGAUGUCUACGAUAACAUCUGGAAUGUUAUCAACGUAUUGGUAUUCCGUUCACCGAUACCAAAAGUUUUCAUCAUCGGUAAAUAUUAAUUCUGAUUACAUGUCAAAACUAAAAAAGUCGAGUGUCAUUCAGUAUGGAUUAUGGAUUCAGUAUGGAGAACAAAAGAAACACAAAUCUGACUCGUGUAUGUUCGCGAGAUCGAAGAUAUCGCUGCACGGCCGCGGCUCCGGUGUCGAGCAAUUUAACCCCACCCUGCAAUAUGCUCGUAAAUCGUGUCCGUUAAUUGCAGGAGCAAGUUACGUCCUGCACGGAUAUAAAAAUGCCGAUCGCGCGCCAUGA